CGCACAGGCAACCAGCGGCGCGACGGGCAUCUGAAGUAAGAUCGGAAACAGGCGGAAUAACUUGACAAUAACACGCCGCAAAAGAAGGAAUAUUUAGAACCGGAACAAGUCAAAGGAAUACAGCAACCAGCCCUACUUUUUUCCAUCUCUCACAGAAGUCACUGAGGUUUUUUGAAGCCAUGAGGAUCUUGAGAGUUGCGCUCCUGCUCGUUCACGCCUUCGUGGUGUCCAGGCUGGCCAGUGGUGCUGCAGUCGACAGGUAUGAGAGCAACAGGCAGCACACGGCUGUCAUCAACCUGCUGGACACGAGGGACGACAGGAGGACAGAGCAGGACAGCCGAGGUGUGGACAGCACAACAGUGGCAUAUGAUGAGGGAGACUACGAGGAAGAGUAUGAUGAGGACUACUACGAUGAAGAUGAGGAUGCCAUGUCUGGAGACUAUGAAGUUGAAUUACCCCGAGUUGCCAUGUCAAGCAAACCCAAGGACCCAUCUGCCAUUCUGGAGGCUGAAAGGAGUGAAGGGAAGAGAAGGAGAGGAAAGGGGAGAAAGAAGGGGAAAGGCAAGGGAAAGAAGAGAAAUCCAUGCCUGAAGAAGUUUAAGGAUUUCUGCAUUCACGGCACCUGCCACUACCUGAGGGACAUCCGUGCCCCGUCCUGUGUAUGUCUUCCGAGUUACUCUGGGGAGAGGUGCGAGUUUUUCACGCUGCCUGUGGGCAAGUCCCAGGAGGGCAACAGCAGGACUACAGCUCUGGCUGUGGUGGCGGUGGUGCUGUCAUCUCUGUGUCUCACAAUCAUAGGCCUUUUAUUAGCACUCAGGUUUCACAAGCGGGGAGCGUAUGAUGUAGAGAAUGAAGAGAAGGUCAAACUAGGGUUAGCGCCCAACCACUGAAGAGACAGAGAGGGGCAAGGAUGUGGAAAUUCUACCUCAAAAUAGAAAGGAGAAGUGAACGACGAAAGGAGGAGCGGGAGGAACAAGGAACGUACAUGAAGAAGGGAACAGAGUGGGUGUGCCCUAUAGCCUGGCACUGUUAACCCGCUGCUGGACAAGAGAUGGACUGAUCAGACUCAGGAUUCUCCAGAAGGCCUCGUGACCCCAUGAGGAAAGAGCAUUGAGCCUGAAACUGGAAUACUGAUUGGCCCAGAGGGUGGAGCGGAGACGUGACGAGUACCUGGACGAUGAGCAGGAGGGAACGAGGACGAAGGAUGCGUUUAGACUCAGUGCUGCUUCUUGGCUGUGUUCAAAACUACCAGGAGUUUCAGACUUAACGGAAAACAAAAAAACAUUUUUGCCAACCCUCCCCCACCCCCCACAACAAUGAGAUCUCAACCUGGAGUUUUUGUUUGUUUGUUUGUUUGUUUGUUUGUUUGUUUCCUCUCAACAGACAGCAUUUUAUAUUUCCCUGCACAUGUUCAUCAUUUUUUAGUGUACUGUAAACCUUUUAUUUAUACAAUUCUUCUUCUAAUUUAUUUAUUUAUGUUUUGCUGUAUUUAUGCAGAUUUUUAACUGCUUUCAUCCAUUCAAAAUGCACUGUCAGUUUGUAAAAAAAAAAAAAACAAUGUUACAGUUGGUGUUUUUAUAUUUGAUAUUAGACGAUAUUUAUUGAUGAAAUAUAAACACGCCAAUUGUUGCUGAAGCUCCUGGAGACAUAAGUAUUUCAAAAUAAGAGUCGUCCAUGGAUAUCUGAUUUCUGGCUUUGAUUUUGGCGCUCAGUAGAUGGUGAAUAGCACUGUGAUUAAUACAUUGAUCAGUUCUUUAAUUAGACGCAACCUUAGUGUUCUACUCCAACGUUAUACUGACAGGUCUCUGUUUGCCAUGAUACAGUGCAUUGGUCUUUUUGCCUGGCGAUGUACCGAUUAAUAACCAACAAAAUCAUGCACUCAGCUUCUAUGUGUCUUCAUUGCUAAGAACAAUUAAAAAAGGAGUCAAAUAUCAUACAUGGGGCUUUUUGUUGCCAAGGCGCUGUAGCAAGAAUUGGGUAGAGACUGGUUGUAUAGUUGUGUUGUCUUACCAUGGUUAAAGGAGAAAGAGUUAACGCUCAGUGAUUACACACCGAGAUCCAUGUUAAGCUGAAAAUAAAAAUGUGAAUUCAAGUGUUCCGCCUUUUCAAAACAACCUGCCCUGCAGUUUUGA